CAAUUCAGAGAGACUCCUCCUCCUCGCCUCUCAAAUUCCGGCAUGUUGACGUCCCGCCGCGCAACGUCGGCGCUGCGCCGCUGCCGUACGCCUCUAUACGCUUCCUUCUCCAGCUCUCCAGACGUGCCCAAGAACCAGAAUGCGCCACCCGCCGCCUCUGAAGGUCCUGCCAAGCCCAAGAAAAUCCUGUCGGUGCGUGCCUCCCCAGCUCAGAAUCUGCGCAAUGCACUGGAGGCUCUGGACGAGAUGAUUGAGGAGGCAGACCGCAAGGUGGAGAAGAAAUACCGACCCAACAUGUUCGCAGAGUUCAAGCAACUUAAUGACACGGAGGGAAAGGUACUGGAAGGCAGCGAGACACUCAUUGAGGUGGGCAAAGCCAAGAGCGUUCCGUCCUUGAAGGUGGACACUCUGGACGGCAAACAGGUGGACGUCCAGAACUUCGUGACCAACGGUAAAGCCACGCUUGUGCUAACAGCCUUCAAGAACUACGGGUUGGACAUGCUACCGGCGUGGCGGGACGGCUUCGUGGCCGCCUUUGGGGACAAACAGGGCAAGCUGGACAGCAGAGUGCAAACAGUGACGCUCAACGUGAUCGAGGACUGGUACAUGAAGCUCGUGAGUGGAAGUAUCACCCGUGGUUUGCAGGAGAAGACCCCCAAGGAGCUACACGCCACCACAUUCGCCCACUUUGGACGUUGCGACGAGUUCCGGACGCCCAUGGCGCUGGAUAACAGUUUUGUGGGAUACGCACACCUGGUGGACGGCAAAGGACGUAUCCGAUGGAUUGCAGGAGGUCCGGCCACGCCGAAGGAGCUGGAUAGGUUAGCAAAGGUGACCAAGCAGUUGCUAGCGCAGAGUGCUCAACACCGUCGUCGAUAAGCAGAUAGAUGUCUUUGAAGCUAUACACAUGUCAAUAGAUUUCCACUGUCAAAAGCGCGACACUAGAAAAGUCAUGCCAGUGUGAAGGCAAAUGCAAUCUGAUAAACGCAUUGGGUAG